UAGUGCUGUAGGGAAGAGUCAAGUCAGACAGGAAGGCCUGGGGCAGAUAGCACCAGCAGGAAGGAAUGCCAUCCCAGUGAGCGAGUGGGGCCCAGGGGCAACGUCACGGUAGUCCCGCCCUCCUUGCUAUCACAGGUGCAGCCUGUCCUGUCCUUCCCCUGACCAACCCAGCAUCCACACAGUCUACACAGAGUUCCUCUUGCUGCCCAGACAAGCUAAAGGACCACAGAUGAGAUAACAGAGGCCUGGAGACGUAAAGUAAUUUUCCAAAAUCAUGAGCUGGGAAGUGAAGUACUUAAGCCUGACUUGAAGCAGGUGCUACCAGACCCCGUUGUCCCACUGGCUUCAUCAGGGCAUCCAUCAGUAUCGCCCCCUGGGAAAAGCCAUGGAGACUUCAGUAUCCCCCUCCCAGCCUCAAGACAACAGUCAAGUCCACAGAGAAACGGAAGAUCUAGACUAUGGAGAGACAGAUUUCCAUAAGCAAGAUGGGAAGGCUGGACUAUUUUCCCAAGAACAGUAUGAGAGAGACAAGUCUUCUUCCUCCUCCUCCUCUUCCUCCUCAUCCUCUUCCUCCUCCUCCUCCUCAGAGAGCAGCGAUGAAGACCAGCAUCGCAGAGCAACCAGAAAACGUCGACGGAGCCUGGGGGCUGGACACCCCCAUGGGAACAGCUCACCCGGUCCUGGGCAUGGGGAGCCUGACGUUUUGAAGGAUGAGCUUCAGCUCUAUGGAGAUGCUCCAGGAGAGGUGGUACCCUCUGGGGAAUCAGGACUCCGAAGGAGAGGCUCUGACCCAGCAAGUGGAGAAGUGGAGGCCUCUCAGUUAAGCAGACAGAAUAUAAAGAAAGAUGAUGAGUUUUUCCAUUUCGUCCUCCUGUGCUUUGCCAUCGGGGCCUUGCUGGUGUGUUAUCACUAUUAUGCAGACUGGUUCAUGUCUCUUGGGGUCGGCCUGCUCACCUUUGCCUCCCUGGAAACCGUUGGCAUCUACUUUGGACUAGUGUACCGCAUCCACAGCGUCCUGCAAGGCUUCAUCCCCCUCUUCCAGAAGUUCAGGCUGACAGGGUUCAGGAAGACUGACUGAGGCCACUGCCAGGUGGGCAGCAGAGGCAGGCCCCACUGUGACCACCACUGCGACACCUGAGCCCACAAGGACAGACCGGCAUUCUGAGAGAUGCGCAGGAGAGCAAGCCAGACUAAUAAAAAGAACGCUUUUCCUUCCA